AUGUUGUCAACUUUGUUCGGACUUGGGAUAUGUCUCCUCUCAUAUGUCCCGACUGCCUUUGCGUCACCCGUCCAGCGCCAGCUACACACUCGGGAAAUCUCCUCUGAUCUUCUGAGCAACUUCGAAUUGUUUUCUCAGUUCGCCGCGUUAUCCGCCUGCGACCAAAACAUCAACUCUACUCAGCACAAGCUGACUUGCGACUACGGCACGUGUGGUCUUGUUGAAGCUGACGACACCGAAAAUAUUUAUGUUUUCCACAGCUCGAGUGGCCCGACGGGCUAUAUUGCUUUGGACCACACGAAGCAACUGAUUGUCUUGACGUUCCGUACAUCGGUAUCCACGAACGAUCUUGCCGUAGACAAGAAGACAGAUCCGACUUAUAUUGAAGAUAUUUGUCCUGGUUGUUGGGCGCAUACUGGAUUCUGGGACUACUGGCAAGAUGUGUCCAAGCCAGUGAUUGAUCAGCUGACCAAGGCCACCAAAGCAAACCCGAGCUACCAUAUCGUGUUAGUCGGCCACAGCCUUGGUGGCGGUGUUGCGACUGUUGCAGGAACCGCCCUGCGGAAGAGAGGGUUCAAGUUGGACAUUUGGACAUUCGGAUGCCCUAAAGUCGGAAACUACAAGCUAGCCGAGUACAUCACCAACGUCAAACCGAGAAGCGUCUAUCGUGCCACCCAUUACACGGAUAGUGUGCCCAAGGCUCCUCAAGAUGAAAAAUUGGACUAUACCCAGACCUCUCCGGAAUACUGGAUCAGUGUUCCCUUGAAGGAAGAUGUCACAGCUGAAGAUGUGAUAUACGUUGAAGGGAUUAACAGCCAGGAGGGCAAUGCUGGCCACGGAUCCAACUCAACGGGUGGAAUGCCUGACGCUAACCAUUUAUGGUACUUUGGUCCUAUGCAAGUCUGCACCUUGCCUGCAGAUUUCGCCUCAUCUGCGGCUGCUUGA